AUGCCAUCGAAGGGCAGAGGGGAGGAGUCCAAAGGCCAGGAGGGAUGGAAAGAGAAACAAACACCAAAAUCUGAUCGUCCUGGGUUGAGAAGUGGGAAACCAGUUGGCAAGGAUGAUGGCGAUGUGGCAGACACAAAUGUUCCCACACUGGAGAGCAGUCGCUGGGGGGAUGGGUCUCGGCGGCCCAAGGGGGGUUCUGGCCCCGCUCCAAACUUUGGACUGUCCGGGAAACUUGCAGAGGAGGCCAAUACAGAAAAAGGGGUGGUGCUGAAGUAUUCUGAGCCCCCUGAGGCAAGCAAGCCAGACCUGAGGUGGCGUCUUUAUGUGUUCAAGAAUGGAGAGGUCUGUGGGGAGCCGAUUCCUGUCCAUCGGCAGUCCUGCUACUUGUUUGGCCGUGACAGAAAUGUUGUGGACAUUCCAACAGACCAUCCCUCUUGCAGCAAGCAGCAUGCUGUCUUGCAGUUCAGGAUUGUGGAAGAAAUGGAUGUCAGUGGUAUGACGAGGCGGGCAGUGAAGCCAUAUGUGCUGGAUUUGGGUAGUGUCAAUGGAACCACAAUUGGGAAUGAUCGGCUCGAUCCUGAGAGGUUCUACGAGCUUAUGGAGCGGGAUGUGCUGCGAUUCGGCAUGAGUUCAAGGGAGUACGUGGUCUUGCACGAGAAUUCUGUGCAAUGA